AAACUUCCUUGAACCUUCUAACCACAAGGUUGUGUCAAUUGGGGGUUCCUCCGUGUGUGUGAUCCGCUGUGUGAUCCGCUGUGUGAAUUUUUUUCGCUGUUUUUCGCUCAUCGCUUACCCUUUGGGGAGAAUUACCGAGUUUGGACAAUUGUGCAAUUUCGGCCAGAGUCAUCACGGAAAAAUUACAAUUUUGCAAGAAAUUUUACACAGGGUAUCCAACGCUUUCUUCCCUUUGCCCUUUCUCCUGGUGUUUAGCUGAGAUAACCAAACUCAACUGAAAAGAAACUUGCUAGUUUAACGCACCCAACAUGUCUAUGUUGAUCUUUGCUGGUCCUCAAGCACUCUCCCAAUUCAGAGUUGCUACUUUGACUAACGACAUCAACACAGCAGUCAACUCGUCUGUUGUUACCAAUGUGCGUUCAGCUUACAUCCACUACGUUCAUCUCAAAGAGGGAUCGAAACUCGCAGAGGAUUCACAGAAGGUUAACCUUCUUCAAAUCCUCUUACAGUACGAUUCAAAGCUUGACAUGACAGACUCCCUGACCCAGGAAUUGGUCAAGAUCUCCACCACGCAGGAGUCGAUCUCACCAGAAGUUGAAAACUCCCAUGUGAUCAGAAUCCUUCCAAGACCAGGUACCAUUUCUCCAUGGUCAUCUAAAGCCACCAAUAUCACCACUGUUUGUGGCUUUGAGGACGACAUCGACAGAGUUGAGAGAGGGUUGGCACUCUUGAUUCAAGUUCGUCCAGGGUUCCCACUUCAGGAGUACAUUGGUGAUGGUUCUCCGUUGGCUUCUGUAUUCGACAGAAUGACUCAAACUUUGUACAUUGAAAAGGCACCUGUCAGGGACGAUUUGUUUGAACAUCACACUCCAAAGCCGUUGGUUGAAGUUGACUUGUCAAAGGAUCCACAGGUUAAGUUACAGACCGCUAACAAGGCUUUGGGAUUGGCCCUUGAUCAAGGUGAAAUUGAUUACUUAGUUGAUGCCUUUGUCAAGACCAUUGGUAGAAACCCAACAGAUGUUGAACUCUUCAUGUUUGCGCAAGUUAACUCUGAGCACUGUCGUCACAAGAUCUUCAAUGCUGACUGGACUAUUGAUGGCGAAAAGAAGGACCUCAGUUUGUUCAAGAUGAUUAGAAAUACCGAACAAAAGAACCCACAAUACACUGUUUCCGCUUAUAGUGACAAUGCUGCUGUCUUUGAAGGUCCAGAAGGUUAUUUCUAUGCACCAAACUCAAAGACUAAAGUCUGGGGCUCUAAGAAGGAAAAAGUCCAAACUUUGGUGAAGGUUGAGACUCACAACCAUCCAACUGCUGUUUCUCCAUUCGCCGGUGCAGCCACUGGUUCCGGUGGUGAAAUCAGAGAUGAAGGUGCUGUUGGUAGAGGUUCUAAGUCCAAGUGUGGUCUCUCUGGUUUCUCUGUUUCUGAUCUUCUGAUUCCAGAUUUCCACCAGCCAUGGGAGAAGGAUGUCGGCAAGCCAAACCACAUUGCUUCUUCCUUGGAUAUCAUGAUCGAGGCUCCACUUGGUUCAGCAGCUUUCAACAACGAAUUCGGUCGUCCAUGUAUCAAUGGUUACUUCAGAACAUUGACAACUACUGUUAAGAAUGCCCAGGAUAAGGAAGAGAUUAGAGGUUUCCACAAGCCUAUUAUGAUUGCCGGUGGUAUGGGUGCUAUCAGACCGCAAUUCGCCUUGAAAGACCGUAAGAUCACCGAAGGUUCUGCUUUGAUUGUUCUUGGUGGUCAAUGUAUGUUGAUUGGUCUUGGUGGAGGUGCUGCUUCCUCUAUUGCUUCCGGUGAGGGUUCUGCUGACUUGGACUUUGCAUCUGUCCAGAGAGGAAACCCAGAAAUGCAACGUCGUGCACAACAAGUUAUUGAUGCUUGUGUUGCACUUGGUCCUAACAACCCAAUCCAGUCUAUCCAUGAUGUUGGUGCCGGUGGUCUUUCAAAUGCUCUUCCAGAGUUGGUUCACGACAAUGACCUCGGUGCCAAGUUUGAAUUGAGAGAUAUCUUGAGUUUGGAACCAGGUAUGUCUCCAAUGGAGAUCUGGUGUAACGAGUCCCAGGAACGUUACGUUAUGGGUGUUGCUCCUCAAGAUUUGGCCACUUUUAAGGAAAUCUGUGAAAGAGAAAGAGCUCCAUAUGCCGUUGUUGGUCAAGCUACUAGUGAACAACGUCUCGUAUUGACUGAUAGACUUUUGAAUACAACACCUAUCGACUUGGAAAUGUCUAUCUUGUUCGGUAAGCCACCAAAGAUGUCCAGAACCGCUGUUACAGCUCCGUUGAAACUUCAGCCAACAUUGUUCAAUGAUGUUAAGAUUGAAGAGGCUUUAGAUAGAGUACUCCACUUACCAUCCGUCGGUUCCAAGAACUUCUUGAUCACCAUUGGUGAUCGUACUGUGACUGGUUUAAUUGACCGUGAUCAAAUGGUUGGACCAUGGCAAGUGCCUGUUUCUGAUGUCGGUGUUACAGGGACAUCUCUGGGUGAUACCAUCCUCACCACUGGUGAGGCUUUAGCAAUGGGUGAGAAGCCAACAUUGGCUUUGAUCUCUGCAGCAGCAUCUGCUAAAAUGUGUGUUGCUGAAUCGUUAAUGAAUGUAUUCGCUGCCGACGUUAAGUCCUUGGAUUCUGUCAAGUUAUCUGCCAACUGGAUGUCUCCAGCUUCCCACGCAGGUGAAGGUUCCAAGCUUUAUGAGGCUGUCCAAGCUAUUGGUCUCGAUCUCUGUCCAGCUCUUGGUAUCUCCAUUCCUGUUGGUAAGGAUUCUAUGUCUAUGAAGAUGACCUGGGACAACAAGGAGGUCACUGCGCCGCUUUCUUUGGUUAUUACUGCCUUCGCCCCAGUUUCAAACACAUCUAGAACAUGGACUCCACAAUUGAUCAGAAAAGAAGAACCAACUGUUCUUGUUCUUGUGGAUCUUGCUGCUAAGAUUCUCAAAUCCAUGGGUGGUUCUGCCUUGGCUCAAGUCUACAACCAAGUUGGUGAUUCUUGUCCAACCGUCCAUGAUACUGCCGUUUUGAAGUCCUUCCUAGAUACUCUUGUGGAAUUGCACCAAGUGAAGGACUUGGUGUUGGCUUAUCAUGACAGAUCUGAUGGUGGUCUCAUUAUCACUUUGCUGGAAAUGGCCUUUGCUGCUAGAUCUGGUUUGAACAUUACACUCUCUGGUGAUGAAGAUGCCUUAACAACCUUGUUUAACGAAGAACUUGGUGGUGUGUUCCAAAUUCCACUUUCAAGAUACGAGGAGUUUGUUUCUGUAUUUGAGAAGAAUGGUGUUUCUUCUGAAUACAUUUCUGUUGUUGGUGAACCUUCUUUCUCGAAGGAGCAAAACAUUACUGUCACGUAUAACAAGGAGACUAUUUUCAAUGGUGCCAGAGGCCAGUUGCAGCAAGCAUGGGCAGAGACAUCCUACAAGAUGCAAAGACUGAGAGAUAAUCCAAGAUCUGCCGAUCAAGAGUUCCAAUCUAUCUUGGACAACCAGGAUCCAGGUCUUUCGUACAAGCUAACCUUUGACCCAGCUGAUGAAUUGUCUAUCUCCAAAUAUGACACAAGACCAAAGGUUGCCAUCUUGAGAGAACAAGGUGUCAACGGUCAGAUGGAGAUGGCUUGGUCCUUUGAACAAGCUGGAUUUACUGCCGUGGAUGUUCACAUGACUGACAUAUUGACUGGCCGUGUUACUCUAGACGACUUUGUUGGUUUGGCUGCAUGUGGUGGUUUCUCCUACGGUGAUGUUUUGGGUGCUGCUUCAGGUUGGGCCAAGUCUGUGUUGUACCAUGAAAACACCAGAAAGGAGUUUUACAAGUUUUUCAACGAGCGUGAUGACACAUUCGCUUUUGGAGCUUGUAAUGGUUGUCAAUUCUUGUCAAGAAUCGCCGAGUUGAUUCCGGGCACCGAGAACUGGCCAACUUUCGAGAAGAACAGCUCUGAGCAAUACGAAGCCAGAGUGUGUAUGGUUGAGAUCACUGAAGAAGGUGAUGCCUCCCCAUCUGUGUUCUUAGACGGUAUGAAGGGCUCUAAGUUCCCUAUUGCUGUUGCCCACGGUGAAGGUCGUGCCACAUUCAAGUCAUCGGAAGACUUGGAGAGCUUACAGGCCAACGGUCUUGUCUCUGUGAGAUAUGUUGACAACUACGGUGCUGUCACUGAGAAAUAUCCACUCAACCCUAACGGAUCUCCAAAUGGUAUCACAGGUAUCAGAACUCCAAAUGGUAGAGUCCUUGCCAUGAUGCCUCACCCUGAAAGAUGUGUUAGAAGAGAGGCCAACUCCUGGUACCCAGCUGAUGAGUCAGAGCUCUGGGAGAACUAUGGUCCAUGGGUCAGACUCUUCAGAAAUGCCAGAAAGUGGGUCAACUAGCCUUACAUCAGGCAACUGUGUACAGUAGAUAAAGAUAUAACAUUAUAAUAAUGACUAGAUUUUAGUGUGUAUAUUCGCUGUGUAUAUAUAUGUG